AUGGCGCCACCGCCGAUAGUUCGCAACGGAUAUUCCUGCGUACCUGUUGCUCUCUCGGAAGGCCUCGACAUCCGAUUGAACACGGCCGCCAGGGCGGUCCGAUACGGGGUAAACGGCGUGGAAGUGUGGGCCGCACCAUCACGCAGCCCCCACACAAAUCACACGGUGUACAAGGCGGACGCUGUGCUGGUCACCCUACCUCUAGGCGUGCUGAAGGCAUCCGCCCCGCCGUCCGCGGUCGCCUUCAAUCCACCGCUUCCGGACUGGAAGUCCCAAGCGAUACAGAGGCUCGGUUUCGGCAAUUUAAAUAAGGUGGUGCUGUGCUUCGAGCGGAUCUUCUGGGACCCGACCGCCAAUUUGUUCGGUCACGUGGGCAGCACGACCGCGUCGCGGGGCGAGCUUUUCUUGUUCUGGAACUUGUACAAGGCGCCUGUGUUGCUGGCUUUGGUCGCUGGCGAGGCGGCCUGCGUGAUGGAGAACGUCAGCGACGACGUGAUCGUCGGCCGCUGCAUCGCCGUUUUGAAGGGUAUUUUUGGGAAUCAAGUGGUGCCCCAGCCACGUGAAAGCGUGGUGACGAGAUGGCGGGCGGAUCCGUGGGCAAGAGGAUCCUACAGUUUCGUCGCGGUCGGCAGCUCGGGUAGCGAUUACGAUCUCUUGGCCGCCCCGGUCGCCCCAGCGCCCACCCCCGGCGCUCCACCCCCGCAACCGAGAGUCUUUUUCGCAGGCGAGCACACCAUACGGAAUUACCCAGCCACCGUGCACGGAGCGUUCCUCAGCGGUCUACGAGAGGGUGGACGGAUCGCAGAUCAACUAUGCGGCAGCCCGUACGCGCCCCCGACGUUGCCUCCUUCCGGUACACCGACAACUGUGAUACCGUCCGUGACCACCGGCACCAGUUCCACGCCUUAAUGAUCUCUCGCCGACGACACCCGGCCCUUGAUUACUCUUUAGACGAUGAAUGAACGCGAGACGGCGCCCAGCACAAAAACCCUCCAAGCGCGUUCACUCGCGAACCCAGCCGGGUCGCUCGCGAUCGUGUUUCCAGUUACGAUUUCGACGUUAAUUUCUGUCGAUCUGGCCCGUAUACGAACAAUGCGGACACGAUCAUUUAGAUAGGGGAAAAAAAAAGAACUGUUUAACGGUGAUCAUUCAUCUGAUUCGCUCGACGUGGGUUAGAUUUCCUUCGGCGGUCCUCGGUUCGAGUAUGAUCGAACAUACAGAGGGAUAAAAUGAUUGAAUUCUCAGUGAUUAUAGCUACCGAAAUAGUACAUGUUAUACCAGUAUCGUUCGAUCGAUGUUUGAGAACUUACGUUUCCUCGAGUUCAGCGUUGACUGUAAUCUUAUACACUCGCCCGAGCGACGGAAUUUCGAAGUCCAUUAAUCUCGAUGUUGAGACCUCAAUGUAAAGCGAACUUGUGCGAUAAUGUUUGUUUAUAUAUCCGAAUCACCGUAUUUCCUGUGUAUCGUCCGAGGACUGCGGCAGGAAGCCACACAUCGUUUCAUUAGAGUAGAUUCGUGCCUUGCUUCGUUCCACUUUGACCGUAUUCGCCGAGCCCCUAGUUUGUAUCAUAUACUAUAGGUAUCGUUUACACAGUACUCUUAGCGUAUUCUGUUAUCUGGAAUAACCUUUUUCUACUCGCCUCGAUAUAACUGUACCACAUAUGAUUCUCGAACAGUCCCUGUCCGGACAUCUCUGGCCUAGGUAACAUGCUUCCGUCGCUUGUCACGCGGUCUCCAGAUCGCCGCCAACCACCUUCCAGCACCGUUCGAAAAAAAAAAGAAACAAAAAAAAAACAACAAACUUCGCCGCUGGAUCAUCGGAACAGAAGCUUCUGUCGGCCUGUAAGAACCAUCAUUUAGGAAGAAUGUUUGCGAAUGUCGCUCGCCGCGAGAGCCACGAACGAACGAGUCUCCCCUCGGUGGUUUCGUGUAUCCGUUAUUGUCGUCACACUCCGAAACCACCGAAGGACAGAAAGGAAAACCACUACCAGAUUAUAUUUUCGUUCAAGUAUAAUUGCACCUUCGAUCGGACGCGCACGGCCACUCCUCGAGACCCGAUCAAUCGACACAGUUGCGACAAAUCGAGAACCCUCUGCGACGUAACGGUUCUCACCCCUAGUUUACGACUAAAUUUUGUAAACGUACACAAGUUAUAUACAAUCCCGUUGAGUACCUCUUGUUCGAGUCGAGGUACAUAAUUCUCAGCCAACUCGUUCGUCAACCGACGCGUCUCUCCGAAUCCAUACGCGUACACACGUGAAUGCCUCGCGAAAGGCAGUCGAGAUUGUGAGAUCGAGCGCACGUAAGAAUGUGUACAAUAAAAGAAAAGAUAAAU